AUGUUGGAAUACUUUACUUACAAGAAGAUCAAGAAGCACCGGGAGCAGAAAAAGGCGACAGGAAAUGACGAAAACGACGAAGCUGGGCCACCGGCCGGUUCAGCGCGAGUCGAGGAUGCGAUACUCGAUCCGGGGAAAGAAGGCGACGCAGGGCAUCGGCGGCAUAGCAAGCAGGGCCACGACAAAAAGGAUGGCAUCGGCGCCGUUGGCGGCCUCCACGACAAGCUCUUGAGGGAAGGACAGACGGCGCCGGUCCUCCAAUCCGAGGACGUGUCGUUCUUCGAGGAGCUUCUGUCCCAGGACGGCGGAGACGCACCGCCCCUCCCACCGAGAAACUACUCCGUCUCCGAGUGGGAUUGGCCGUCGGACAACCCGUCGGAUGUCGGGUCCGACAGCGACGCUGCGUCGACGAAGGAAUCGAAGGAGAAUACAGUCGUUGACGAUGCAAAGGGCAAGAAAAAGGACGGCAAGAAACCCAACCGACUUGCUGUCCUUUUCUCGAGGCACAAGAAGACGGAUCAAGGGCUCGAGCCCGACGACGGCGUGCCCAAGGCCGAAGGUGAACGAGAGAAGCAGGACCUCAGCCGCGUUCUUGACCGGCUGAACCUGUCGGCCAAGAACAACAUGGUCAUCUCGACGGAUAACUCGGAGAUUCUCCAGAGAUUCACGCAAGUUUUCAAAGACCUCGUCAACGGGGUACCGACGGCGUAUGACGACCUCACAAAGCUCAUCGAAGACCGCGACGGGACGCUGUCCAAGGGCUUCGACAAGCUCCCCUCGUCGCUCAAGAAGCUCGUCACGCAGCUUCCCGAGAAAAUCACGGGAAGCCUAGGGCCGGAGAUCCUGGCGGCGGCAGCCGCAAGCCAGGGUGUCAAGGCCGACAGCUCGGGCGGCAUGAAGAGCACGGCCAAGAAGAUUCUCUUGCCGAACAACAUCGCCGAGCUGGUGACCAAACCGGGCGCCAUCGUGGGCAUGUUCAGGGCGAUUGUCGAGGUGCUCAAGGCGCGCUGGCCAGCGUUCAUCGGCAUGAACGUCGUUUGGAGCGUUGCCCUCUCUCUGCUGCUCUUCGUUCUCUGGUACUGCUACAAGCGCGGCCGUGAAGAGCGCAUCGAGCGCGAAAAGUCGGCAUCUGCCAUCGAUGGCAGUGACCGCAUCGAGGAGUUGCCCGACGACCCGGCACUCCCCGCACCCGAGCCGCCCGCGGAAGGUGCGGAGGCGACUGCAACCGGAGAUGAAUCGCGCCAAGAUGGCGACGGCCCCAAGACGACAGGAUCAUGA